AGUGGAUAGUAGUUGAUUUGUUUUUUUAAGUCAGUAAAUAUGCCUGGUACAUCUGAAGUGACAUCGGAUUAUUCGGGGUCGAUCACUCCAUCCACAUCCGAGGAGGAUGAAGAAGAAGAAAAUGAGGAUAAUCAAAAAAUAACGGAAAAUUCAUCAUUGCUAUGGACAACAACAAGCAGUGGGUCAAAGAGAUGUCCGUUGAUUAUGUUUCGACCAGAGUCGCUGAUUAAUAGGGACAAGAAGCUUAAAAGCAUUGGAGAGAAAUACCACCUGGCGUACAAGAUGGUGAAAACUGAGAGCAAACUUGUGCGAUCUGUUUUAUCAGCAUAUGGAUUUCAUGAGGUUCACCCAAACAGUGCUGAUUUCAACUUAAUGUGGACAGGUGCACAUCUUAAACCAUUCUCACUGAGAAGUUUACAAGAUUUUCAAAAAGUUAACCAUUUUCCAAGAUCAUAUGAGAUAACACGCAAAGAUCGGUUGUACAAGAAUAUUGAGCGUAUGGCUCAUACAAAAGGAUUCAAACAUUUUGAUUUUAUUCCACAAAGUUAUUUGAUGCCUUCAGAAUACCAGGAGUUUUGCUCCACUUAUAUGAAAGAGAAAGGAUCUUGGAUUGUUAAACCAAUUGCUUCAUCAAGAGGAAGGGGAAUUUAUCUCAUUAAUAAUCCAAACCAAGUUCCGCUAGAAGACAACAUCAUGGUGUGUAAAUACGUAAGCAAUCCUCUCUUGAUUGACGGGUUUAAAUUUGAUGUUCGUGUUUACGUUGCCAUCACCUCCUAUGACCCAUUGCUCAUCUAUAUGUUUGAAGAAGGACUGACCAGGUUUGCCACAGUUAAAUAUGAAAAGACGAAUCGACAUUUGAAGAACCAGAUGAUGCAUCUCACCAAUUAUUCCAUCAAUAAAAAGAGUCAUGAUUAUGUCAGAUGCGAGGACCCAGAAGUGGAGGAUUAUGGGAACAAAUGGAGCAUGAGUGCGAUGUUACGAUACUUGAAACAGGAAGGUAUCGACACCUCACUACUCAUGAUGAGGAUUGAAGCAGUUAUUAUCAAAUCAAUUCUCGCUGCUGAGCUCCCUAUCGCCACCGCAUGUCGGAUGUUUGUACCACAUCGGGAGAAUUGUAUAGAGUUAUAUGGCUUUGACAUUUUGAUUGAUGAGAAUCUUAAACCAUGGAUUUUGGAAGGCAAUCUUUCACCUUCACUGGCAUGUGAUGCGCCUUUGGAUUUGAAAAUCAAGUCCAGUAUGGUGGCUGACUUCUUCAGCCUGGCAGGAUUUCUAUGUGUUGAUCCAAUGACGAGAAGCAAAGCAAAGAAACAAGAAUUUCUCCGAGUUAAACGACCGUAUUCUGCUUCGAAAACAAUAUCUGGAAACACUGUAAUUCCAGGGGUUCAAAACAAAAGGCCCGCUUCCGCUGGGACCAAAGAUGGAGCUCCUGGAGCUAAAGGAGGACUUUCUAUAGAAGAGGCGAGAGUGUUAAAGAUGGUGAAAGAACAAUACCAAAGAAGAGGAAGUUUUGUUCGUAUAUUUCCAACAGCUGAGACAUGGGAGUUGUACGGAUCAUUCUUGGAGUAUAAAUCAAACAUGAACCUUAUGCUGGCACAGAAGUUGUUUCCUGAUCGGGCGAAAGCAAAGACUGGAGCUUAUACCUCUGCAGUAGCUCGUAUGAGAAGUGUAACAGCUAAUCAGAUGUUGGAAAGCAGGCGCCAUCUUAUCACGGAUCGCAUAAUGCAAUAUGAGAGGAAACUUCUCUCUUUGGAAUCAUAUAAGAGGAAACGACCGACUCAAACACACAGGAAGGUCAAACAGAAAGACACACCAGUUGGAAUCGAUAACAAACCACUGACCCAAGGUCGUCUUGAGCGUCAGCGAUCCUCGUCAGGAGAAGAGGACUCAGAUGUGGAUGUAAAACCAGUGAGGAGCAAAACAAAGACAUCAGUGAGAUCUCGGGUCCCAACUCCGGACACAAAGGCUCGAGUCAGAUCCGGGACCCCGGAAAGUGGAACCCGUUUGAAAAGCAGACAGAAAGAAGUUGAUAAAUUGGAUGGGGAUAAAAAAGAUGAGAGCAAGGCAGAGAAAAGUAAAACUUCUGAGACUUCAUCGAACAAAAGUCUAAAAUCGUCGUCCAAUGUUAAAUCUGUUGAUGAAAGUGGCGACAAAAAGUCCCGGCAAGCUCCCACCCAUAGAGUGUAUAUGUACAAGUCUAGUGGUUCCAAUGAAACCAGCAGUGCCACGCUUAAACUGAAGAAACUUCAUGAUGCAGCAGUUGCCUCAAAAUCUCAGGAACAAAACUCAGUGACUUCAAAAUCCACGGAAUCGAUGACGGAUUCAAAAUCAGGGGACCAAGAAACGUCUUCGGCCGAUUCAGCGUCAGAAAAUGAGUCAAACGCUGUAAGCUCGAAAAAGUCGCAGCCGAAGAAGAAAUUAGUCGCAAAUGUCGCCCAAAAGCCGAUAAUAAAUGGAAGAAACAGGAAAGGUGUGAGUGUCCUGCAAUCUCUUAAAUCAGGAGGAAAUUUGAGCAAAGUCCAAGCACGACAAGCAUUCUCAGCUUAUUUAUCUCGAGUUCAACAUCGACUGAUGAUUGAAUCAGAGGGAAAUAAUCAAGAAUCUUCGGAAACUGUUGUUAAACAAGAAGAACAAAUGGAGUUAGUUCUACGAUUCUUAAAGCGGGCAGCAGGAAAUUUACGACAAUCGUUCUCAGUUGUCGUUCCUAGUCGUCGUCUUGCUCUCUCUGAUCGUAAACGAAUCUUAGCGAAGCAACUCGGGGACUUUGUUCAUAUUUAUAACAAGGAAACCGACACCAUGGAGCAUAAGUUUCAUCUGGGGCUUGACAAUAAUGGUGGUUCAUCAUUAAAACCCCAAUCAGGAAAAUCUCCCGAUAUUCCCAACCUGGACUUUCGUUCGUUUGUAAGCAGCGCCACAGAGAUGGAAUUAGAAGAAGUUCUCACAACUUACACUCACAAGAAUAAAUCAGCUUCUGUGUUUCUAGGAGCAAGCAAACCAAAAUCUGCUGCUUCGAGAGGAGAGAAAGCUGUGACUUCAAGCCAUGACUUCAAUGAGCCGCGACAACCAGUAACCAUGGGAGUGGCAACACCACGACAACUACGAUCCAGGGUUCCAAGUUUGGAGCGCCUCCCUUACGCCACCGUGAGGACAUAUUCUUCACAAUCUGAAGAACACAAAGAAAGUUUCGACCAACAGCUCUCAUCAAGUCCAACAUCCUUUCGUUUGACCAAAUCCUCUUCUUCGUCAUCUUUAUCUCGCAUCCCAUCUUACCACCAACCCCCCCAUGGUAUGAGUUCCAUACAACAAGCAGCUUACAUCUACAGUUCAAAACUCACACCUCCAUCGUCAAAAGCAAUCCAACGGAGACCAGCAAGCGCUAAAACCUUCUCACCUUCCACCUCAAGUACAAGUUCAUUAUUCAGUAACCCGUCAACUACAAACCGACCAAUGUCUGCUGCAAGUAGGUUGCUUGGAAGCAGCAUCCAUUAUCAGACUGCUGUAAAUGAAGAAGCAAUUGCUGAUGCUUUGCAAAGAUUGUCGGAGCGACAAGCUGCUCGCCAAUAUUCCGCGUCAUCGGUUCAAUUAACUUCGCUUACUCAGCAUUUAUCAACAUUGUCUCUCGCUAACAUGAAGCGACCUCACCAACUUAGCAGCGAUAGUCUUCACCGUCAACUACAAACCAACCAACGAGCAUCAAGUUUAUCGGAUCUUGCCCAUGUAGAUCCAUCAGUACAAAGCAUGGUUGACCCUGGUGUGUGGGAUCAUGAUUCAGUUCAUCCAACUAAGUCGAUGAGCACGGCCAACUUAUCCGAUGGCCAAGAUAGAAAUAACAUACUCACCAAACACCCUCAUAUACUCGCUCAACAAAGUAAAGAAUUGUUGCAACAAAGCCGUGCUAAACACCAAGCUAUGGUUGCCCAGGCUCACAGCAUAGUCUCACACCAGACUGAUCCAGUCAUACAGAAUCAUCAGCCAAUGGGAAAGCUUCCUGACACACAUGCAAACUCUGAUAAACCCCCUUUAUCCAACCACCCCCAGUCACUAAGGUUAAUGCGACCCCCACCAGCCCCAAGGCCCCCAGAACGACCCAGACUAGGGGAUAGAAAUAUUUCAUUGAGAAAACCCCUCACAAACCCAAGAAUUCCGAAUCGAGUUGGUGGUUCUGGAAACUACUACAACAGUUUAAUGUACGAUUCAAAUACUGGGUCAACCAAACUUUAUGAUGGAGAUAGAAGGCCAAUGAAAGCUGUUCCUACAGAAAAUAAAGAAUCUGGACAUAUUAUUGAACCAAAACAACCAGCAUGGAAAUAAUAUAUUCUAGAUUUCUGUUUUAAAAUUUAAAUUAGAAGUUGUUAUUCUAAAAACUGAGUCCAAUGCAACUUUAGCAUUCGGUAUAAGUAUACCAAUCUCAUUUGGUCAGCAAACAUUUUACAAAAUUAUGAUUUAAACGUAUAAUCGGCAAUCCUGCAUUUAGGAUAUUUCUAUAUUCAUUACCUUUUUUGAACUUAGAAAAAAAAUAUUUUAAACUAAAUUUAGAUUUCACAGUUUAUUAGAUUUUAAUAUCCCUUGAAUUUACACAACAAACGUUGAAUAACUAAUUCUUAAAAAUAUCUGCAACGGUUUGUAGCACUUGAAUUCCUUUAUAAAGUUUGUGUGUUUAAAGCCAAAUUAAUAUGCUGUUACAGUAAAUCUAGUUUAACACUGUUAUUGUAAUACAAUAGUAGCUUUUAUAAUACUAAUAGAUGUAAUUUUCACAUUUGAGUCAAAUGUGCACCGUCCGAAAACUUUUUACGAACCCUAGCACUCCCAAUGCUUAUGAGUAGCUUUAUACUUUCCUUGUCCCACUUGCUUUAUUUGGCAAAAAGUUGUAAAUACUUUCUAGCUGUUUGUAGCAAAGUUUAGAAUCUUCAAAUCUCGUUACUGUGAGACACUGUUUUUCAUUCCAGUAAUUAAAUUUUAUCACAAAA